AUGAAAUUGCACAGUAGCCUGUGUGGAAAGAAAGUAGCAGUCUUCACAGUAGCCUUCUUUGUCUGUGCAGGGGGAGGGGGAGGUGGGGGUGAACCAGGGUGCCACAGUAUCUGCCCCAAGUAUCACGACCCAGUUUGUGGCAGCAACAGCAAGACCUACAACAACCUGUGUGAGUUGAACAAUGCCCAGCGCUGUGAGAGUCGCUGCAUCACCCUCAGAGCCAAAGGAAACUGCGCCCAUACCUGUGGUGAUCCGUGCCUGUUCUCUGACAAGGGAGUGUGUGGUACUGAUGGCAACACCUACCCCAACCAGUGUGUGCUGGAGGAGGCCGCAUGCCACAACCCUUGCUUAGCUGUACGGCACCAGGGGCCCUGCAAAGAUCAAGAGUGCCCCAGGAUAUGCACUCAGGACUACAACCCAGUGUGUGGCAGCAACAGCAAGACCUACCACAACCUUUGUGCCCUCAACUCUGCUUCAGAGUGUGAUGACCCCUGCAUCACCCUGAGGAAUGAGGGGCCCUGUGAGCACACGUGUGGGGAGCCAUGCCCACUUCUAAUCGACCAGCAGUUAGCCGUGUGUGGCAGUGACGGCACCACCUACAGCAGCCGGUGCCACCUGGAGGAGGCAGCAUGCCACCAGCCCUGUCUGACAGUGCAGCACACUGGGCCCUGUGACUCGGAGGGGUGCCACAUCGUCUGUCCGCUGCACAUUGACCCGGUGUGUGGCACUGAUGGCAAGACCUACGGCAACAUGUGUGCUCUCAGCGCAGCUAUCCGGUGCAAUAAUGACCCGUGCCUCACCUUAAGGGCAGUUGGGCCAUGCCAACGCAAGUGCGGGGAUCCUUGUCCUAUUUUUGAGCAUCAUGCAUCAGUGUGUGGCAGUGACGGCAUCACUUACCCCAGCCAGUGCCACUUGGAGGAGGCAGCAUGCCACAACCCCUGUCUGGUGGUGGAACAUCAAUCUCAGUGUGACAGCCAACCAUGUCCAAGGAACUGCCCACUCUUCUUUGACCUGGUUUGUGGCACUGACGGCAUCACCUACAUGAACCAGUGCACCCUCAACAAUGCUAGCCUCUGCUUGAACAACUGUAUUGGUCUCAGAGGAAAGGGACCCUGCACCCGGGAGUGUGGGGACCCGUGCCCAAUGCCACAGUUAUCUGAUGCUGUGUGUAGCAGCGAUGGCACCACCUACCCCAGCCAGUGCCACCUGGACGAGGCAGCAUGCCACAAUCCCUGCAUCAGCACAGCACAUGCUGGGCCUUGUGGUUCAGGUUCUGAGAAGUGUUGCAUUGAGGACAUGAGGACUUUCCCAGAGAUAAACGUAAAGCUGUCUUGCCAUCAAGGAAAUCUGCUGGCUGAGGCAACUGGGCAGAUCCCACCAAACCCUAGCGUUUGCAGGUUUGCAGGACAUGGAUAUGACCUUGGGGAGCAGCUGGAAGAUUUGUGCUUCCCAAUGACCUGCACAGCUGAGGGAUGGGUCCCUGUUGGCCCCAUCAGUGACUGCUGUGCCCACUGUCUCCUGUAUGGUGACCUGCAUGUCUUCACCUUUGAGAAUGAGUUGUACCACCUCCAUGACAGUUGCAACUACAGCGUUGCCCAGAUUGGGUCCUCCUUCAAUCCUCCUGUGGGUGUGUUCACCAUCCCUGUGCCCUGCAAGGAGAACCAAUACCCAUGCUUCAGCUCCACCACCUUCAAGAAUGACCCACUGACGGUUGUCACAAUCCUCCACGAUGACAUCUAUAAAAUAAACGUGAAUGGUGUAGACUUCGAGGUGGCAGAGAAUGAAGUCAUGGUACUGGAAAACGUGGGAGUGAAUGAUCACCUCCCAGUGCUGGCAUGGCGGGGCAGUUGUGGAAUCUUCCUCGCCGGCUCCUCAGGCAUUACGGUGCUGGCAUGCCCUCACCGCCUGGAUGUGUGGGCUGCUGCCUCUCUCCAGAACCAGCUGGAUGGUCUCUGUGGCAACUAUGAUGGCCAUCUGGCCAACGACUUCCAAUCACGUGGCGGUACCAUCUACACCACCAACCCCUGGCCCAUCGCCUUCCCCAAGUCCUGGAGGUCUGCAGUGUCAACUGUGUUCUGCAGGGAUCUUGGCAGCCAGACAAACAUGGAGGACCCAUGCACUGCUGUGGAGAAGUGGCAGUCUGUGUACAGGAGGACGUGCACUGCCCUGCUGGAGCGCUACAAACCCACCACCCUUAUGCUUGAGGGCUUAAUUUAUGACAUGAUGCCGCACAUAGAGAACUGUGCCAUUGACGUCUGCCUGAUGCACACUGGUGGUGUCCCUCACCAAGAGCUUCAGGACUGGCUCAACAUCCUCGCCAUUAACCUGAAUGUGACCAUGAGCCUUGGACAGAGAAGGGCGGAAUCCAAUGAUGUACAUAAUGGAUGCAACACGGUCACCACUCCCACACCAACCUGUACCACGGCCACUGUCACCACUACUGCUACCGUCACCACUACCACCACCACCACACGGACCACCACUGCUACCACAAGAAUAAUAACCACCACCACGCACACUUCUACCCACAUCUCUACUACCACCACCAUCCUGCCUGUCACCACUACUGUCACAACCACCACCACUGUCACUAUACCAAUAACACCAUAUCCUCUCCCCACUAUCACAAGCACUGUUACGGUUAAGGUAACCCCAUACCCUCCACCCAUCACUUCUAAAACAAUCUAUAACCCGUAUACUUUUACCACGCAUACAACUUCAUCAUAUAUCUUCAACCCAUAUUCUUCCAGUACUGAUACCACUCCUUCAUAUAUUUAUAACCCAUAUACUUCUACCACACAUACAACUUCAUCAUAUAUCUUCAACCCAUAUUCUUCCAGUACUGAUACCACUCCAGCAUAUAUCUAUAAACCGUAUACUUCUAACACGCAUGCAUCUACGUAUACCUUCAGUUCAUCUUCUAGCACAUCUACAACUUAUGCUUCACCAUAUGACUUCAAUCCAUACAUUCAGACGUACAUGACCUCUGCUUUGCCGUAUGAAUUCGAUCUAUACCUUCCUAACCCCUAUGGCAUUUCUGCUCACAGACAGUACACUUAUAACCCAUAUUCUGUUGGUACCUAUACCACACCUACCUCGUCUGUCUAUAACCCUUAUGUUAAUAAUCCUUAUGUUUUUAAUCCCUAUGUCACUGAAUCUAGUAAUCCUUAUGAAAAACUAAACGACCCUUACGUGAACCCUAAUCCCAAUCCGUACAACCAUUAUACCACUGAAUCCUCUAGUAACCCUUAUGAACUGAACAACCCUUAUUUGAGCCCUAGCCCUAGUCCGUACAACCAUUAUACCACUGAAUCCUCUAGUAACCCUUAUGAACUGAACAAUCCUUAUUUGAGCCCUAACCCGUACAACCAUUAUACCACUGAAUCCUCUAGUAACCCUUAUGAACAACUGAACCAUCCUUACUCGAGCCCUAGCCCCAGUCCAUACAACCCUUAUAUCGGUGGAUCAAGUAGCCCUCCUGAAAACCCAAACCCUUACUCGAGCUCAGGGCAGUGUGAGAGAAAGUUGUGUCCCUACAAGUGUGUUCUGAGCCAUGAGUGCAAUGGUAAUGGGUGGAAUGAGAGUUACUGGUGUAGUAAUGGGUGUGUGUGCUGUUUGUAAUGUUUGGUUAGGUGAGUGUUUGUGCUUGUUUUAUUUGUUAUUGUUUGUGGUUUGUUUUAUGGUUUUGUGGUUUGUUUUAUAAUACUAUUGUUGAAGUUUUUAAUUGUUUUUUGUUUGUAAAUUUGAUUUUGGCAUUUAAAUACUUCGGUUUUUCUAGUUGCUUGUAAAUUUUUACUCUUCUAUUUUGUAAAUUUGUAUGUUUUAGUUUUGGAAAUGUUUGGAGUUUCCUUGGAUCUGUAUAUAUGUGAUGUGUAAUAAUGCAUCCAGUUGUCAGUGAUCAUGUUGGGCUUCUCUAUUCAUCAUGUGCUGUUGAGCCUUGAAAUGUUUGAUGCCCCAAAUAUCUGGGAUUUGUACAAGUUUACGUGAUUCAUGUAAUAGAUUUAUUACGUAA